GAAAAGUCACACGUGCUGAGCACUCACACGAGCGAGUCAAUGCAGUCAUUACGGGUUGCCAUUUCACUCUCUCCCCGCAGCCCUCUUCCAUUUCCCCAUUAGCCGUUUUGCCAUUUCUGAGAGAACUACUUGAUCUCACCAUCUUAACAAGAACAGCGGGCGACCUGAGAUCAAAUCCAGAUUCUUAACGAAUUUGAAGUAAAAACCAUGUGGAGAAGACUCUUUGUUCAGAUUCGAACUCUUGCCUCGACCCAAUCAGCCCCCAAUAGAACUCGAAUUCUGACAGAAUCUUUAUCCUCUCCUGCUCCGCAUCAAGUAGUCAAGUCUUUGCCGAUAUUCUAUCGCCUAUUCAGUACCGAAUCUGGAAAUGUGGUUAAGAGAGUUGAGGUUGUAAUGCCUAUUGCAACUGGUCAUGAGCGUGAAGAGAUUGAAGCUGAGCUUCAAGGAAAGGACAUUCUGGAAAUUGACCAUCCGUCCGGUCCCUUUGGCACAAAGGAAGCACCUGCUGUGAUCAAGUCUUACUAUGACAAAAGAAUUGUGGGAUGCCCUGGCGAUGAAGGCGAAGAUGAGCACGAUGUUGUUUGGUUCUGGCUAGAGAAAGGCAAGCCACAUGAAUGUCCAGUAUGCUCACAGUACUUUGUGUUGGAAGUGGUUGGCCCAGGUGGAUCUCCUGAUGGACACGGCGAUGAUGAGGACGAUCAUCAUUAAUUAUACGCGGCAAUUUUCCUACCAGAAUAAUCUGGUGAGAUGAUGAGAGAAUACCUAGUAAAUUCUGUUGCUUCAGGAUUCGAAAGCUUUGUGCUCUGCUUGAUUUUGAUGGAUUUGUUGUUCUUAUGGUUGCUUCUGCAACAGUUGAAUAUGUUGGAACUUUCUUGAUACUUUUUGGGGUUUUAAACUCCGCCCAUUUAUCCAUUGGAAAUAUGCACUCUUGUCCUUUUUCAGGCAUAACAAAAUAAUCAAUGGGUACAUUUAGUUCAUUUGUUAUUU